UACUGCGCUCUCGCUUCGCUGCACUGCACGCGCAUUGAUCACGUUUGAAGUAUUUUCGCGCCUCGUCUCGAGUGCAGACGUACCAACGCAACCGAUAACGGACGGCGAACACUGAAUCCUUCUUUUAUUGUAUAUUUGUAAAUGUAUUUAUUGAACUAGACAACAACCUCGUUUUAUAUUAAACAAUUUGAUAUACAUUUGUUCUAUUUAGAGUAAAUAUUUCGUCAAUAAUCGUUUAAGAGGUUAUGUGAUCGUCAAGAGAGGAAACUUACAUUGGUGACCUGCUCCUUUAGCUGCUCAAGAUGCCAGUCAGACAAGACGCCCAGCUUGAAAAACUGAUUGAUGAGACGUUGAAGAAGAGUGAAUUCCAGAGCUUGGAAGAGUUCCUGCAGGGUGACAUCAACGAAGACGCAUGUCAGAAAUGCACCAAACAGUUCAUAAAUAAACUGGACAAAGUGAUCAGAAGGGAGCUUGAUAAAAACAAUGUUAAGAAUGCCUCUCUGGUGUUGUCAGGCCUGCAUAAGUUUGGGAAGACCCUGAGCAUUCAGGCAGCUGAUGGAGUCACUGUAAUGAUAAAGCAAGGGCUUGUUGAUAAGAUAAGUAUAAAGAUGUAGCCUCUUGGCUGCUGAGUGGGAUGCACACGGUUAUAUUGCUGCCUUUAUUUAAUCAUCAAAAUGAAAUCUUGGGGAUAAGUAACUCGAUAUUUAGUGUGCUUCUUUUGCAGUUUAUUAAUCAGCUAACAGAUUUUGAUGCUCCAGGUUAAUCUGCUAAUAUUUUGCUUUUUUACAUGGUGCAGUGGUUUGAGAAAGCCAGGGACAUCUGGGUAGAGGGAGGACAGCUGAAAAGCGAAGCACUGUUAAAUCUUACAGAAGACUUUUUUGAUGCUUUGAUGGUUGUGUAUGAAAAUAGCAGUGAAGGAAAAAAACAAGUCAUUGGAUCGUUCUUACAUCGAACAGGAGAGCUGAUUGCUGAUUCCGGUGUACAUAUAACUAUCCAGCAGGAGGCUGUGAGAAAACUCAACAUGAUUCUGGAUGAAAUCCCAAAAGAAGACAAAACACAAGUCUUAUCAUCUGGGAAGGUUUUAUGUGUCAUGAGUGGGUUGGGGAAAAGAAUAUUGAUUGGUGGAGAUUAUGACUUGCAAGUUGCUAUAACUGAAGCUCUGUGCAGAAUGACUACAGGGAAGCAGAGGCAGGAGCUGGCAGACCAGUGGUUUAUUAUGGAGUUUGUUGCAAAUGCCUUUAAAGGGAUUAAAGACUCUGAAUUUGAAACGGAUUGCCGAAAAUUCCUUAACCUGGUGAAUGGCAUGCUGGGGGAUAGAAGAAGCGUUUACACUUAUCCAUGUCUCAAAGUGUUUCUUGAUGAACAUGAGCUGCUAAUGCCUGCUGAUGACAAACUGCAGGACUUCUGGAUUGAUUUCAAUGUAGGCAGCCAGAGUAUAACGUUUUAUAUUUCUCCUGAUGACAAUGAAGAGGAAACCCAGUGGGAGACUGUCUGCCUUCCUGAAGAUGAAGUAGAAAAGUAUCUUGUUGAAGAGAAGGAUGGAAAUAACCUAUUAAAGGUGUCUAUGAAACAUCCAUUGAAUGUCAGUGGCAAGGAAGGAUCCCAGAUUCAGAUAUAUUUCAGUGCUGCACUGAACAUCGCUGAAGCAAUCAGAAAUGUGUAUGGAGCCAUAAAAGCCAAAGAAUUUGUUGGAAAGUGUGGGAGUUCUGUAGCGAAAACCACAGUUCGAAUUAUCUUUGAUGAAGAUGGCUCACAGCUGGAUACUCCUGCAAAGAUGAGGGUGUCUGAAGCCACAUUGGCCAUCUCCAGUUGCGGGGGGAGCCGAACAGCAAUGAGUCCAAUUGCACGUGUCAUGAUGACCUCGACUCCUGCAAGGAAAGGGAAAGUUAAACCAGCUUUAGAGCUGGUUGGCUCUUCUAAAAGAAACAGUGACUAUAACCUCAUUAAACUAAAAUCAGAAACUCCCAUCAGAAAGUCACCAGGAUGUAUCCCUGCUGAAAGAGAAUAUGGGACUUCAGCCAACAACAAGCCUGUUGGAGCAGCUCCAGAGAGCAGUAAAGCAGAUUCAGAAGGCAAGCAGGAACCAAGGCCCCGAAAUGGAUCAAAGAAAUUUUGCAAGCAGAUUCCUGCAGCCAAGGUUGCUGAGAUGCUGCAGGAGGAUCAAGACAAUGCCAGAGCGUCUGAAGAAGAACAUUUAGCUGAUUCAAUGAAUAUUGUGCCUGACUCCCAGCCGGUGAUGAAAAAAGACAAGACUUUGUUGCCUGGCCCGCUGACUAGCUUUUCCAGGGAUCAGGAUUUCAUCUCUAGACGCAGAGUUUCAGUGUCUGGGGGUGUCUCUCUUCUUCAACAAGGUCAAUCUUUCCAGAACCGAGUGUCCAAACAGCGAGCCUUCUCAGCGGCUUUCAAUGACCAGUCACCUCCACAGCUGCAAAGCUCCAAAGAGCCAAGCCAAAAACAAGUACAAGAACAGCUGGCUGAAAAACUGGAAAAACCCAACAAAGAGAAGAAACAGAAACGGAAACACGAAGCUGAUGGCAAAAGGUCUUCUGGGGAGACGAGAGCUUUGGAAGAAAAUCAGGCUGCAGCGAGAGGCAUCGAGGGACAAGGGCAGGCACCUCUGGCUGUACAGAAGGCAGAGAACAGCGCAGUACAAUGCAGCAAAUCUAAUAAGAAACCUGCAUUGGGCAGCUCCAGAAAAGAAGCAAUACCCCAGGAGAUGAGUCCAGCUAGAAAUCAUAGAGUCUCUGUGUCUCACAGACAGGAGAAUCUUCAAAGAAGGGAGAGAGAGAUGGAAGUGUCCUAUAGGGAAAUGAAAGAGAAGAAAACCAAGUCCAUUGGAAAAGAUUGCAUUGGUGUGACAGAAACAAUGAUUAGCUCUAUUUCAAGCAAAUAUAGAACACAGACAGACCCUUCUGCUUUGAACAGGGCUCAUCUGGAAAAAUCGUGGUCUUUCUCUUUUUUAGAAAAGGGACAAACAGGAAACAGUGGAUUUCUGAAAGGAUCGAGUCAUUCCAAACAAAUUAAGAUGAAUGCUGUGCAGACUGGGGAUGAUAUUUACAAUUUCAGCGAUGAGUCCACAGGUAAUCUUGGGGCAAAUGAUACAAGACGCUUGGAAAAAUCAGGAAAAUCAGACAAAAGUGGGAAAUCUGAAGAAUCCAGAAUCAAAUCUGGCUCCCUAGAGAAAGGUGAAUGUAAAAAGCCUGGAGGUCGCUAUGUGAAGAAGCACCUGUUCAGUGACACAGACACAGAGCCCAGGCCGGAUGACAGUAGGAAUGAGGUCAGCUGGCUCCAGGAUUAUAACAGGAGGCCCAAACCAAACGUUGUGGACUAUAGCAGACAGCGGCACGACAAGCCGCCCCCCAGUCCUGGCAAUGAUGAAUCACCAGAGUUCCCUCCAGCGAUUCCAAAGCCACGGAAAGAAAAAGCAAAAGCCAAAAAGAAAGUGGGAGGGAAUGAAAAUGCACAGAAGGACAAAGCAGUGCCCACCAGGCAGACAGGGAGGCCACAAAGGGCAGCUGCCAAAGGCCGUCGGUAUUGGGAGCCCUCGGAAUCAGGGAGUGAUGUUGAAUCAGUGGCAUCGUCACAAGAAGAAGAGCAGUCUGUUUAUAAGCCUAAGCAGCAUCCAGCUAAAACAAAUCAGGAACGGAACAAAAAGGUGUCUGCACCUCCAGAGCAGAAGAAGAGUGCUGGUGCAUUGCCGCAGGUUACAAUGCGUAAAGAGCUGCAGAAAACAUGGAUAUCGCCGUUCUCUCCUUUAACCUCACCUCCACCGUCCAUAGAAAAGAUGAGAUGUGCAGAGAAGUCGAAAGUAGUUGCAAGACCCACUGUUGCUGCUGCUGCUGCUGCUGCUGCUCCAGCUCUGCCUGAUUUAACCCCCAAGCCUAAAAAUCCCCAUGAGACCCCAAAACAAAUCCAUCCCAAAAAGUUCUAUAAAUCAAAUAAGAGUAAGCAGAAAGCACCAUCCCCUCCUCCACCUGAGGCAGCUGCCAAGUCACCAAAGAUCAUAGUACAGGAUAUUGAUGAUGUGUCACCUCUUUUAAGUCCAGUGGUAAUGCCGUUACUCACCUCGACUAUUCUGAAGAAGUCUUUGGUUAGUGAGAAGGAUCUGUAUGAGGAGAUGAAGCCAUGUCUGGAUACCCAGGAUAGCCUGGAACAGGCUGCCUCAUCGGACAACGAAUGCGCCAUAUCAGUCGGAUCACACAGCAAUUCCUCUGACAAAAUAGCGCUGUACACUGAGAGAGAAAAAACUCCCUCUUCCUUUGUGAUGUCUGAAAGUAGCAGAAGACAUGGAGCCAGAAUAAAUGAAGUCCAUGUCUCAGGACCAUCAGUGUUCUCCUCUGCAACCCUGAAGCGGCUCCAUGUAGACCAAAGUGAAAACUGUUCAGAAGAGGAAGAUGAAGAAGAGGAACCAAAAGACAAAGGGUCCAAACUGAGACCCAGAAAACUCUUUAAAUCAGAUGCUUCAGCCCGCUGCACUGAAAUUGCGACAACUUCAACCAUUAUAAGGAAGGAAAUGUAUCGGGAGGAUUGUGCCAGCAGCUAUGAUGAGGAAGAAGAAGAGGAAGAAUGGAGUGAAACAGAAAGAGAAGUGAUGCUUAGACCCCCAAAACUCUUACAGAUGGAUGACCAAGAAGUGCAGUCCACCAUCUCCUCUCACAUGGUGUCUACUGUGGACAUGAGCUCCUGGGAGACCAGUGGAAACCAAGACAUGGGGAUGAUGUGUCAGAAAUUUAGUACUGAUUUAAAGAGGAAAUUCCAGAAUCGCUCCAGGAAGAUGGAGUAUUACACCAAGCAGUCACUGCAGUCCGUGCAGCAGCACCUCUCCUCUGUGAGUGUGCAGGUUCGGGAGUGCAGGGUGCAGAAACUGGAGAGCUUCAUGGGUGAGAUCAUGAAUGAGCUAAACGACUUUGAAAAGGACACUUCGACCUUGAAAAACAUGGAAAAAGAACUCACUAACUUUUGGAAAAAGCAGACUCAAGAAUUGACUUCUUAUCAGGAGAAAGAACAAAGGAGAAUUCAUCACCUCAAGACUUCCUUUGAAAAGAAUGUACGUCACAGUCUUGAGUAUGAGGGGAGAAUCUUCACCUCUGAGAUGCAUUUGAUGAGGAAGGACAUGAAUACAGUUCAGGAGAGGUUUCUCAAGGAAAUGCAAGAAGAGGAGCUGCUUGGUGUUCGCAGAGGACUGCAAUCGCUGUUUCUGCCCGAAGGCAGGAAAUUCUAAGUUGAGCGCCGGCUCGACAUUUUGUGAACAGCAGACUUAUAUAGUUGUUUAUUUCUCUUCUUCUAAGUUUCAGUUUUUGUGUUCUGCAUUUACACAAAAGAGGAGACCCAGCUGUCAAGAAAUUGUUGUGUGUCUUUGGUCACUCAUUUCUUACAUUUUGCAUUAAGACACCAACAGAGCAUUCUUUGAAUACCAUGCAUCUUCUCAUACACAUUGCAAAUCGUUCCACACUGAUAGACAAUUUUAAUGCAAAAUUACUAAUAUAUUACCAGUAGAAGGGUGUUCUAAUAACUGCACUAAAAACAUAAAUAAAGCUAAUGUUAAAUAUACAUUUUAACUAAAAAAAGAUUUUGCCACAGACAAUGGAAUGAUUUCCAA